ACUUGUGGUGCUCCUCGUGUGGGUCAUUUUGUUCGGGGAGUGCCUAGUAGGCUCGGGCCACGUCAUCCAGUCGAGGGAUUGGCGGCCCUCCAUCAGUGGAUCAGGCUUGCCCAGACCACAGCUUCUUUGGCAUCUCCUCCUGGCACUCUUUGUUUGGUUUGCCAUUUCCUCCUUACACUGGCAGCCCCUUCUGUCAGUGAUUCUGGAGAACAUUUCUCAAGGUAGCUCAGUCACUUACCAACCAUGGCUGCCGCUCUCUCCAGCUCCGUGUCUGCUGGCAUUCAGACCAAGGCACUUGGCCUCAAGGCCGCUGCCCCCAAGAAGAGCGUUGGUGCAUUCGGCAGUGAGAUGCACAGCGCCUCCCUGAGCAGCACCUUCUCAGGCAAGCAGAUUGCCGCUAAGGCCUCCAGCAGGUCCCACGCUGCAGGCAAGAGGACCGUCCUCGUUGUUUGCAAGGCCGCCGGUGAGAAGACUGUUGUGGUUGGACUUGCCGCGGAUUCAGGAUGCGGGAAGUCCACCUUCAUGAGGCGUAUGACUGGUGUGUUCGGUGGCUCUGCUGCUCCUCCAAGGGUGGCAACCCCGACUCCAACACCCUCCUUAGCGACAUGACCACCGUCAUUUGCCUCGAUGACUAUCACUCCUUGACCGUAAUGGCCGUAAGGAGGCCAAUGUUACCGCUCUUGACCCCAAGGCCAACAACUUCGACCUGAUGUACGAGCAGGUCAAGGCUCUCAAGGAGGGCAAGUCCGUCAUGAAGCCCAUCUACAACCACGUGUCUGGUCUUCUGGACCCCCCGGAACUGAUCGAGUCCCCAAGAUUCUGGUCAUCGAGGGUCUGCACCCCAUGUAUGAUGAGCGCGUGCGUGAUCUGAUUGACUUCAGCAUCUACCUUGACAUCAGCGACGAGGUCAAGUUUGCCUGGAAGAUCCAGAGAGACAUGGCUGAGCGCGGCCACAGCCUGGAGAGCAUCAAGGCCUCCAUCCAAGCGAGGAAGCCCGACUUUGAUGCUUACAUUGAUCCCCAGAAGCAGCACGCCGAUGUUGUCAUCCAGGUGCUCCCCACUCAGCUCAUCCUGACGACAACGAGGGCAAGAUCCUACGCGUGCGCAUGAUUCAGAAGGAGGGUCUCGACAACUUCGACCCAGUGUACCUGUUCGAUGAGGGCUCCAGCAUCUCAUGGAUUCCCUGCGGAAGGAAGCUGACAUGCUCAUACCCUGGCAUUAAGUUCUACUAUGGCCCUGACACCUACUUCGGCAAUGAGGUGUCUGUGCUGGAGAUGGAUGGUCAGUUCGACAAGCUUGAGGAGCUGAUCUAUGUGGAGAGCCACUUGAGCAACACCUCCACGAAGUUCUACGGUGAGGUCACCCAGCAAAUGCUGAAGAACUCCGACUUCCCUGGCAGCACCAACGGCACUGGCCUCUUCCAGACAAUGGUUGGACUGAAGCUCCGUGAAGCGUAUGAGCGCAUCAUCUCCAAGUCGGCAGUUGCUGUGUAAACCUGAAUGCUUUCUAAGGAAAUUCUUAUCAGACUACAAGGUCUGCUUCUAGUUGAAAUCAAUCACGCCCGUAAGAAUGCAAACGCUGGGGUUACUGUUCUGCUGUUAUCAAGGGUAAACCCUGUAAUAAAGCUUGUGGAUGAGC